AUGGCUGUCGAAUCAGAGGAAGUUCACCAUGAGUCAUCUAAAGAAUACGACUCUGAAGAAUACGAAGAUGAUGAGGAGGUGCUCGAUACUGAGCACAUAGAUGUGGAAAUGGAAGAAGAUGAUUUCAAGACACAGGGUAAAGAGAGAUGCAAGGAUGCUUUCCUUAACUUCAGUUCCGAUUAUGAAGAUAAUGAAGUCGAUGAAGACAAUGACUUAGUUGAUGAAGAUGAAGAAGGGUUUGGUUCAGAAGAGGAAAUCGAUGACACAGCAGGGGCUAAUGAUCUUGAUUUGGGAGAUGCGGUUGGUGCAGGCUUCCCCAUUCAUGACCCAUCAGUUAAGUGGAAUAAGAUGAAGCCCCUUCUUGGUGAAAGGUAUGAAUCACCACAUCAGUUGCAACAAUGUCUCACUAAUUAUGCUAUUAAGUCAGGGUAUAACAUUAAAUUUGCGAAGUGUGACACUGAAUUGGAAUGUGAAUCAAGUGGACCAUCUAUUUUUGAAGCCAGGAAUGGAUUAGAAGGGUACGUGGUUGACUUACAAAGCAAAGUGUGCAGCUGUAGGCUUUGGGAUAUCUCAGGAAUUCCAUGUGUACAUGCACAGUGUGCAAUAUUAUUCACUGGACAAGAUCCUGUUCAAUUCAUAAGUAGUAGAGGUGGUGCAAGGGGUAGUAGAGGUGGUACAGGGGGUAAAAGAGGUGGUGCAGUGGGUAACACAGGUGGUGCAAGAGGUGGUGCAGUGGGUAACAGAGGUGGUAAAAUAGGUGGUAGGGGUAGUAAAAGAGGUGGUAGGGGCAGUAAGACAUCUGUUGGAAUUGAAGGUGGUGGAGUGGCUGAAGUUGAAGGGUAUUCAAUUGAAGAAAUUAAAAAUACACUUAGUCUGACAGAUUCACAUAUGAAACAGCUCAAUGAUUACAAUGACACUAUUGAACAAGUUCUUCCUAUGUCUAUGGAAGAGGAGUAUCCACCUCAGACUGAGACACAAGAUGGGGCUGAAGAAAUUAUCCCUGAGACACAACCAGAAAGUGAAGAAGAAGAAGAAGAAGAAGAAGAAGAAGAAAGCAUUAAUGACACCCAGGAAUUACCAGUACACCUUAGAAUUGUGAAAAGAAGAAGGCCCUCUAAGAGGAUUGUUAAAACCAAGCUGAAGAAGAUGGGAUGUGUUGGGACUUCUGCAAAUUCAGCAUUGGAGUUGGAUUAG